UGCGUCGUGAAUUUACAACGCAAAUAAGAAAAAGCCAAAUGUCCGUGCAGGGACUUCCUUCACAGCAAACUCAUCUAUGAAAGAUUCUAAAUGAAAAAAAGUUCAUAGUGUCAUAGAAGAGGAGACAUUUCGCAACAAUGAAGCUCAACAUCGACGGUCUGUUGGUGUAUUUUCCCUAUGAUUACAUAUAUCCUGAACAAUACUCGUACAUGCUGGAGCUCAAGAGGACGCUGGACGCUAAGGGACAUGGCGUCCUGGAGAUGCCGUCAGGAACCGGCAAGACCAUUUCGCUGUUGUCGCUUAUUGUUGCAUACCAACGGGCCUUCCCUUUGGAAGUCACCAAGCUCAUCUACUGCUCCAGAACAGUCCCCGAGAUUGAGAAGGUGGUGGAGGAGCUGAGGAAGCUGAUGGAGUUUUGUUCCAAGGAGACAGGCGAGAAAAACAACUUUUUAGCUCUGGCACUCUCCUCCCGCAAGAACCUUUGCAUCCACCCGGAGGUGAGCAGCCUGCGCUUUGGCAAGGAGGUGGACAGCAAGUGUCACAGUCUGACAGCAUCGUACAUUCGCGCCCAACAUCACAGCAACCCCAACCAGCCCGUCUGUCGCUUCUAUGAGGAGUUUGACGCUGUGGGCCGGCAAGUGCCCCUUCCCCCGGGCGUCUACAACCUGGAUGACUUGAAGGACUUUGGCCGCAGAAAAGGAUGGUGUCCCUACUACCUGGCACGCUACUCGAUCUUGCACGCCAACAUCGUGGUGUACAGCUACCACUACCUGCUGGACCCCAAGAUAGCAGACCUGGUGUCCAAGGAGCUGGCCAAGCAGUCUGUGGUGGUCUUUGACGAGGCGCACAACAUCGACAACGUGUGCAUCGACUCCAUGAGCGUCAACAUCACCAGGCGGAUGUUGGACCGUUGCCAGGGUAAUGUGGAUACCCUGCAGAACACCAUACACAAAAUCAAAGAGACAGACGCUGCCAAACUGAAGGAGGAAUAUCGACGGCUGGUGGAGGGCUUAAAGGAAGCCAACGUUGCCCGGGAGACGGACGUCUACCUAGCCAAUCCUGUGCUGCCUGACGAAAUCCUGAAAGAGGCCAUUCCCGGUACUAUCCGUACCGCCGAGCACUUUGUGGGCUUCCUGAGGCGCUUCAUGGAGUACUUGAAGUCCCGCCUGAGGGUGCAGCAUGUGGUCCAGGAAAGCGCCCCGCAGUUCCUCAAAGACAUCUUUGACAAAGUCUGCAUCGACCGCAAGCCACUCAGGUUUUGUGCCGAGCGUCUGCAGUCGCUGUUACGGACGCUGGAGAUCACGGACAUCGCUGACUUCUCUGCCAUCACGCUCAUUUCCAACUUUGCCACGCUUGUCAGCACCUACAGUCAAGGUUUCACCAUCAUCAUUGAGCCCUUCGAAGACAGAACGCCAACCAUCGCCAACCCUGUGUUGCAUUUCAGCUGCAUGGACCCGUCCAUCGCCAUCAAACCCGUCUUUCAAAGGUUUCAGUCGGUCAUCAUCACAUCAGGGACACUGUCCCCACUGGACAUCUACCCUCGCAUCUUGGACUUCCGACCUGUCACCAUUGCGUCUUUCACCAUGACACUGGCGCGAACCUGCCUCUGCCCGCUGAUUGUCGGGCGUGGAAACGACCAGGUGGCUCUGAGCUCCAAGUUUGAGACCAGAGAGGAUUUUGCUGUGAUCCGUAAUUAUGGCAACUUGCUCCUGGAGAUGUCCGCUGUGGUUCCUGAUGGCAUUGUGGCAUUUUUCACUAGCUACGUCUACAUGGAGAACAUCGUGGCGUCCUGGUACGAGCAGGGAAUUCUGGAGAACAUUCAGAAGAACAAGCUGAUAUUCAUCGAGACGCAGGAUGCCGCUGAGACCAGCAUGGCCUUAGAAAAGUACCAGGAGGCGUGCGAGAACGGCAGAGGAGCCAUCCUGCUGUCCGUGGCACGAGGGAAAGUGUCUGAGGGGAUUGAUUUCGUGCACCACUUUGGCCGAGCCGUGAUCAUGUUUGGCGUUCCAUAUGUUUACACGCAGAGCCGCAUCCUCAAGGCCCGUCUGGAGUACUUGCGAGACCAGUUCCAGAUCCGAGAGAACGACUUCCUCACCUUCGACGCCAUGCGACACGCCGCGCAGUGUGUCGGCCGAGCCAUCAGAGGAAAGACCGACUAUGGGCUCAUGAUUUUUGCUGAUAAGCGUUAUGCCCGAGCGGACAAGCGCGGGAAGCUUCCUCGCUGGAUCCAGGAGCACAUUAACGACGGUAGUCUCAACCUCACUGUGGAUGAGACGGUUCAACUGUCCAAGCAUUUCCUCAGACAGAUGGCUCAGCCCUUCAGACAGGAAGACCAGCUGGGUCUGUCUCUACUGACAGUGGAGCAGCUGCAGUCAGAGGACAUGCUGAAGAAGAUUGCUCAGAUGGCUCAUCAGAGCUAAGAGAACUCCGAUUGACUAAUAAUUCAUGUUGUGAGUGUAAAGCAGUGACAUGACUGCAAAGUCAUUUUGCGCACUGUCUGUUGUGCAGACAUUUUUCUACUCAAAAUGUUCAUUUGACAUUAUGUAGAUCUUGUCUUUUUUUCAAUUUCACCAGGAUCAGUAUCACUGUUUGGGCCUUUAGUGUCCUUAUAACUCACUCACUCACUCACUCAUCAUGAAAAAUGUAGAAGAAUAAAGCAACUCUGAGGUCUUAUUACAGGAGGCCAAAUAUUUGCACACGCAUCAGUACAAUGGUACCAUUUUGGUACUCACUACACUGUUUCCUUUGCAUUGUUUCAUUGUAUACAAUUUAUUUGAUGAACUGAACGAAUCUGUGUGUGAACAAGUCAGUGAGUGAUUUGUAUUUCCAGUUCAUAGCGAGUACGGAUCAGUGAGGGAACGAAUCCUGACUUUCCCGUUGGCGAACGAGUUAAUGGGUGAACUGCCUUCCCGUGCAUCAACGGAUCAGUCAGUGAACGUG